ACGAUAAAUAUGCAUAGAAAGGGGAGGUACAGCAUGAUAUUUGUUGUUAUUCUCCUUUCCUUCUCCCUCGGCUAUGGGAGCCUAAGAUACUUGAACAGAAGAUGGGGUAAAUUACUUGAUUCCGGUAUAUUUUAAUUCUUCAUGGUACAUGAAUUACACCCUCGGGCCCUAUGUGUCUCUCUGCUCGGGAAGGAUUCGAUCUUCUUGUUCUGUGAUUAAUGAAUCUCCUUUUAAAUAUAGCAUUUCUUGUUCCAUGUACCUAUUCUAUUGGCCUUGCCCUUGUUUUUUCCAGCCAUGUACCUUGACUGUCAUUCGCUUAUGUAGCCAUGUUCAAUGUAUCUUGUUAUUGCUAUUCACUAUUUGGCCAGACCCUUGUCCUGGGCAGAUGUAUUAUUGUAUCAAUAAUAAUCUUUUUCACUCUUCUGGGUCUCAUCUAGCUUCUCGAGCUUUGUUUUUCUUUCAUUACUGUAAGUCCCACGCUUCGCUGCCUGCACCAGUCACUAUCUCAUUCACCAGGGCAGUGCAGCCCCAAUCUCCGUCAGGAUACUUUUCCCAGUAACAGUCAUGUCUCUAUCACUGGAGACAAGAGACUGUGGUCUACUGCCGGUCCAAACCUAAUGGAGAUGUCCGAUAGCCACUACAGAAAAUAUAGUUGGAGAGAAAAAGGUAACUGCUAUAGAGAAUAUAGUUAUGUAUCAAUCCUGACAGAUAAAGUCAUUCUCUCAGAACUCGCACCUAGUGCUGUAUAAAGGACAAAUUGAUAUAAA